AAAGCAGAGAUUCGUUCUAUUUGAAGUUUACAGGAAUUGGGCUUGCUCGCACAGGCAGACAAUGCCAGUGGCCGGCCGGCUGCCCCCGCCUCAGGCGGGUGGGAGCCCUAACCACCAUCCUUGCAGGCCUGGCCCUAACCACGAUUCGCCUCUUCCUCUGCGGUGGCCAGAGGCAGCUUGCGAAGGAACCGCCAUUAAGGGCUCCAGCAGAGGGGCCGAGAGGCUGCGUUCCCUGGCAGGGAUCAGGACCCCCAGAGAAGCAAAUGAGCACAAGAAUCUCGACACAGGUUCUCCUUCAGCGGAUCCAGAGAUCUUUCCACUGUAGUCAGAACCCCAGAGGGCCAGGGCCGCAGGGGCCUAGAGUCUCGGUGCUGGAGGGACUGAAGCAGGAGGCCAGCCCCCAGCCCUUUCCCGAAGCCCACCCCAGGAAAUCCGAUGAGUCAGGCAAAGAUGGAACCGGAGAUUUGCCCCUUGCCGAAUUCUCCCUCAAAUAUCAGGAAGGUAUUCAACCAUUCUCUCCUCGCCACCCCCACUUUUCCCUACAAUACACGAGCUCUAGCUUCGCUGGCUGGCUGUCCAUCCUCUGGAGGGGUCCACCGCCCCGACCCGGGGGCACUCGAGGGAAGGACCCCUGGAUCCCUGACCCCUCAGAACACCUACCAAGGGAAAUCAAAGCGUUGGUCUCCUCCCCAUCACCGCCCCCCGCCCCCCUCCCAGACGUGAAAACGAAGUGGUGACGGGGUGUGGUUGGUGGGGGAGGGGAAUGGGAAGGAGCGGCUGCGGAUGCCAGCUUCGGGCUCCGGAAGACAUCCCAACCCCAUCUCCACACCGAGUCCCAAGUCAUUGUACCUCCCUAGGCUAGGGAGUCUAGGAACUUUGUAAUCCUGUAGCUUGUGGUUCCCCCACCAACCCCUCCACUACCCAAGAGAAGAACAGUGUAGAGAAAGCACCCCCUGCAGGGGCCCUUUUGGAGGUUAACGCCUGGGCAGCCUCCGCCCCCAAACCCGAAUGCUGGCGUGAGAAAAGCGAACCCAAACCCUGCCCAGCCCCAGGAGAGGAACCUCAGCUUGGCCCCACCGAACUCCGGCGAUCCUGGCACGUGCACGAAGAAGGCGCUUUCUCCCCACUCCACCCCCACCGGGUAAGGGGAGGAGAGUGUAAUCUUUCUGUCCAGAUUUGAGCCCUGGAAGGACGCAGCCUUUAGUGUGACUUCCAAGAGCCAGGACUUCGGAGCCGGAAGACUUCUGUUCCCACCUGCAUGACCAUGGACGGGUUACUGAACCCCGCUAUACCUCAGUUUCCUCCUCUGUAAAAUAAGGAUAAUCACACUUACCUCACAGGAUUGUACCUUGUAUCAAAUGAGACAGUAUAGGUAAAGUUCUUUCCGACAACAUGCCAGUUACCUCCUGCUAGGUGUUACUAAUUUAAUUUCCUCAGGUGGAUUUCACCGAAUUCUUCAAAAUAACCUUGAGAACUUCAUUCUUUUAAUAUUUUGGGAGCAGUUAUUCUUUAUGGUAAAGCGUUUUAAAUUCCUCUUACUACAGGCUACUACCCCGUGCUCCAUGGUCCUCUCUGGCCUUCUCAAAGGAUGCUCUAGAUAAGCUCCUUGAGUUCAAAUAGCUAGGUCGCUCAACAAUGACUGCCUCCCGACUCUACUCCACCCUACCCCGCUCAGUGUCCAGGCCAGAUUCCUGGCUUUUCUUUCUGCAAACCCCCAACUGGAGUGGCCAGGUUCUUCCAGCACAGGAUUUCUUCUCUAUCUUCCUUCACAACUUCUCUUCCCUGCCCCCGCCCUCACUCCCGCCAUUUAUCUUAAAUUCCUCUCCCAAUACUGAAAAAUGUAAUGAAGUUAUUGUAAUAAUGAAGCAAUUCCAAGUAUAGUGAGGGAAGAAAACAUCUUCCCUCCACUAAUAAAUGGUAGCAGGCUGAUAAGUGUUCUUCCAUGCCUUUCCGCAUGCUGCUAUACACAUAUACACACAUAUAGAGAGAGGUUGGCUUUGGGUUUUGCUUUGCUCCAUUUUUGCAAAAUUGUAAUAUGUAUUUCUC